UUUUGAUCAGGCACUCGGCGGAGGCCAGUGUUUGUGUGCUGCGGGGUCCUGCCGGAGGUUGACUUUCACUGGGAGGUUCACGCGUCUCAGUUUGUUUCUGAGUCGCAGUGUUCGACAGUUUUGGGGCGAUCUGAAUGGAUUUAUGAGACGAACCCGUCUCUUCACCAGACACCAUGAACUUCAUCAGAUCCCGCCUCUCCGUCUGCAGCCUGCUCGGUCGGAGGUGCAGUCCGGCCGCUGAGAGGCUUUCCUACAGAGGGAUGUGCAAUAAACCGCAGGAGGUCAAAUCACAGCCUCCGCCAGCGGUUCCAACACCAGAGCCACGUCCUGCGUUCAGACUCCCAGGCUACAAGCCGUCGGACCUGGACAAGAAGAUUUUGAUCUGGACGGGCCGCUUCAAGACGGUGGAGCAGAUACCAGAGACCGUGUCGUUCGAGAUGCUGGAUGCAGCCAGAAACAAAAUCCGAGUGAAGGCCGCCUACCUGAUGAUGGCGAUCACAAUAGGAGCCUGUUUGGUGACGGUGUUCUUCGGUAAAAGGGCUGCAAGAAGGAACGAGUCCCUGACGUCUCACAACAUGGAGAAGAAAGCCAGAUGGAGAGAGGAGGUCCAGAGGGAGAGGGAGAACGCACUGGCUCUGGCUGAGAAGCCGCAGUGAUCCCGACCCGUCUUUCAUCCUCGUUCCUGCUUCAUUUGACCAGAUCGCGAUCUCUCCACCCCGAUCCACCGGUGAAGUAACACAGCCAAAGCAGAUAAAAGCAGUCACACAACAACCCGUUCUUCACUAUGUUUGAAGCGCAGAGUCAAGUUUCACCUAAUUAGUGAACGUUGGGUCGUUGCUGAAAUUUAAAAAAAAAAAGGCACUAAAUGAGAAAGAGGCGGUAUCCGCGGCGGCGGUUUGGCUGCGUCACGAGGAAACCUCCAGGACUUGGUACAGUUCAAUAGAAGCAAUGCGUUCACUCCAGUGGGAAUGGUGAAAUUUCAACUCGAAUAUAAAUGCCUUAGGUAACCCAGGUUACAUUUUUUAAUCCAGUUUCUCCUUGUGAACUUACCUCAUGUAAUUAGGCCUAUCUAUUCACAUUUGUGUUUAUAUAUAGUGAGCGCCCAAAAAAAAGAAAAGCUCAAUAAAAAAUAAAUGAGAAGCUCUU